AUGUUGAAGGAUCUUAAUCUAUCCUGCGCAAAGAUCCUACAUCUUGGUCGGAACUUGGGAGCCAAGUACUUGGAAAUGGGAAUGACGGACGCAGAACUAAUCCGACAGAUGGGGCAAUGGGCAAAUGGUGUCUUUGACAACUCUUAUAGCACCAAGCUCCCCAUGGAAGCGAUCAGAGCAUUGGCAGGAUUUAUUGGUGGUCGAGAUGCUCCCUAUUUUCUCACUCGCAGUACUGUCGAGCCUGACAAGGACCUGCUUCUAAAAACACCUUUGAAAUGGGUAUAUUUGGCGUAUGACGCUCUUUGUGAAGCCAGUACGUCAAGCAACGGCAAGCACAUGACUGCGGUCCAUGUUCUCAAGUUUUUUAAAGAGAUCAACCGUAUCUUCCUGCAGGACGCUGCUGCAAUGAUGAUCAAGUCCCCUGAAAGGGCCGAAGCCCAUCCAAUGUUCACCGAAAUGGAGGUCUUUCAAACUGAGGAGUUUCAGGCAUUCAAAGAGCAGAUGCGACUUUCUCUGGCACAGGAGAAAGAUCCACUGGAUAACAAUCUACAAAGGGUGCUACCAGGAGUCCACCAACGAUUCGAACAAACCAAUGGAGCAGUGGCGCAGUUGACUGGAAAGGUAGAUACUAUGACAGCUGCACUGACUGCUGGAAUUGACAAACUUGUUGCCAUCCACCAAGAAACCGCAGCUCGACAACAACAAGUGGAUGUACGUGCUGAAAGAUUAGCAUGUCUGCUGGAGAAGGGAGCACAAGCUCUGCGGGGAAAUCAGGAAGAGGAGUUCACCGAUUUGCUUAGAGGAGCAGCUGCAGCUGGUGAAGGUUUCGAACAGCCGGACUCAAUGGAAAUAGAAGACAUUCUACAGGCGGCAGAUGAAGAAGCAGCGGCAACCACUCUACUUGAAGUUGGUGCUCGUACGACUACUACUACUACAAUACCCACGUUAACCACCGGCAGAUUCGGACAAUUUACAGAUGAUGGUGGUUUGACAACACAAGAAAUAGAGCUUGGCGGAACACCACACAUAACAACCCCCAGUUCUCGAUUUCGACUAAAGCCAAAGCACACAGACCUUACUGAUCUGUGGGAUGAAUGGCAUGGACUCGGCACUUUCUACUGCGCUAUUGGUGGUGUUGCUGGCCGUGAGACGAGUAUCAAGGGAUGGAGGUCUCAUUGGACGCGAUCGCAGCAGACGCAUCUGAGUCGUAAUUCGGCAUGCAUCAAGGGCAUUACUGCUUGGCAGGAACAGCACCGAAUGAAGGACGCUUAUGAAGCUUGCGCAGAUCUACAGACAGUGUUCGCGAAUGAGUGCAAGUGCACUGUGGAAAAGAUGAAGCUAUGGUUUCAAGCCAAAGGGAUCAUUCCCAAAGGAGCUCCCCGUGGCAAACAACGAAAAAAAAACUAG